CCUCCUGAGCGAUUUCUGUAUGAACCCUCAAACAGUGCUCCUCCUGAGGGUCAUUGCUGCCUUCUGUUUCCUGGGCAUCCUGUGUAGUCUCUCUGCAUUCCUUUUGGAUGUCUUUGGGCCCAAGCAUCCAGCCCUGAAAAUCACCCGUCGCUAUGCCUUUGCUCAUAUCCUCACAGUCCUGCAGUGUGCCACAGUCAUCGGCUUUUCCUACUGGGCUUCUGAACUCAUCCUGGCCCAGCAACAGCAACAUAAGAAAUACCAUGGCUCCCAGGUAUACGUCACCUUUGCUGUUAGCUUCUACCUGGUGGCAGGAGCUGGUGGAGCCUCAAUCCUAGCCACUGCAGCCAACCUCCUGUGCCACUAUCCAACAGAGGAAGAGGAACAGGCGCUGGAGCUGCUUUCUGAGAUGGAAGAGAAUGAACCCUACCCAGCAGAGUAUGAGGUCAUCAACCAAUUCCAGCCACCCCCUGCCUAUACACCCUAAUGCCAGCCAGGGCUCUAGUCCUCUGCAGCCCCUUCCCCUAGCAGGCCUUACUGGUAGGACCCUGACCAUUUUCAUCAAACCUUCCCCAGGAGAGACUCUUGCCUCUAGGGUUGUCCAUGUGUCCCUGCUCCCAAGAGCUGGGAUUUAGUGAUUUUCUAUAAUGCACUCUUUCCCUUCCUGCCACCCUCUGCUCCUUUCCUAUUUCUAGCCAUACCCAACGAAGGAUGGUCAGAC